AUGUCAUUUACUCAAUUCUUUAAUACUUAUUCAGAUAACCAAUUGGUUCAAAUUGGAUUGAUUUUUGCUUUAUUAAUCGGUGUUUUAAAUUUAACUAUUUUCUUACUUAAAUUUGGAUCAUUAAUUUAUGAUUUAUUCCUUGCUCCAGCUGUUGAUUUCAGUAAAUAUGGAGCAGGCAAUGGUAAAUGGGCUGUUGUUACUGGAGCAUCUGAUGGAAUUGGUAAAGAAUAUGCAUUACAAUUGGCUAAGAAAGGAUUAAGCAUUGUAUUAGUUUCUAGAACUCAAUCUAAAUUGGAAUUAAUUGCUAAAGAAAUUGAAACUACUUAUAAAGUUAACACUAAAAUUGUUGCAUUUGAUGCUUCUACUGAUGACGAAGAGAAUUAUUUGACUUUAGAAAAAGCUAUUUUUGAUUUACCUAUUACUGUAUUGAUUAAUAAUGUUGGACAAUCACAUUCUAUUCCUGUUCCAUUUUUGGAAACUACUAAGAAAGAAUUAAAAGAUAUCAUUACUAUUAAUAACACAGCUACUUUAAGAAUCACACAAAUUGUUGCUCCAGUUAUUGUUUCAACCGUUGAAAGAAGUCCACAAAAGAGUUUGAGAGGAUUGAUUUUAACCAUGGGCUCAUUUGGUGGAUUGUUGCCAACUCCUUAUUUGGCUACUUAUUCUGGUUCAAAGGCAUUCUUACAAUCUUGGUCUUCUGCAUUAGCAGGUGAAUUAGCUGGAGAUAAUGUUGAUGUUGAAUUGGUUAUUUCUUACUUGGUCACCUCAGCCAUGUCCAAGAUUAAACGUUCAUCUGUCACCAUUCCAAAUCCAAAACAAUUUGUUAGAUCUACAUUGAGUAGCGUUGGACGUCGUGGAGGUGCUCAAGAAAGAUAUGCUACUAGUACCCCAUACUGGAGUCAUGCUUUAAUGGAAUUUGGUAUUGAAAGCACUGUUGGGGUUUAUUCCAAGAUCGCCAACAAGUUGAACUUGCAAAUGCACCAAUCCAUUCGUCACAGGGCAUUGAAGAAGGCUGCCAGAUUAGCUGCUGCUGCUGCUGAAAAGAACGAUUAG